AUGGGCGACGAGGAGGCAAAGUAUAACAGCAAUCGAUUCCGAAACUGGAAGAACAAGGGAAAAGACGCGGACGAAAGAAGGCGAGUGCGAAAUGAAACGAUUGUCAAUUUGCGAAAGGAGAAGAAAGAGGACUCGCUGAACAAGCGGAGAAACGUGCCCGACUGUGAUUACGAGGACGACUUCGAGAACGAGGAUGGACGAGCGCGACCAAACUUGGGGGAUAUUGUCGAAAACGCCAAAUCGCAAGACACGGAGAUUCAGCUCAAAGCCAUUCAAGCCGCGCGAAAGCUGCUUUCGUCCGACAGAAAUCCUCCCAUCGACGACUUGAUACAGUCUGGCAUCCUCCCCAUUCUCGUCGAGAGCCUGGACAGGGACGACACCCCAGAUAUUCAGUUCGAAGCUGCUUGGGCGCUCACUAAUAUCGCUAGUGGCACGUCCCAACAGACCCAGGCGGUUGUCAACGCCGGCGCUGUGCAGUCGUUUUUGAAGCUACUGAACUCGAGCUAUCACAACGUCUGCGAGCAGGCAGUUUGGGCGCUGGGUAACAUUAUCGGAGACGGGCCCAGUCUCCGAGACUACGUUAUAUCCCUUAACGUCGUAAAGCCCCUUCUUCAAUUCAUCAACCCCGAUAUACCCAUUACCUUUCUGCGAAACGUGACCUGGGUCAUCGUAAACCUCUGCCGAAAUAAGGACCCCCCACCACCCAGCGCUACCAUCUCCGAGCUUCUUCCUGCGCUUUGUCAGUUGAUCCAGCACGAAGACACCUCCAUCCUUGUCGACACGGUUUGGGCUCUUUCCUACCUUACUGAUGGCGGCAACGAGCAGAUCCAAAUGGUGAUCGACUCCAAUGUCGUCUCAAAGCUGGUGCUUUUGCUGGGCAAUCCAGAGGUGAAACUCCAGACGGCAGCUCUCCGAGCCGUCGGCAACAUCGUCACUGGUACCGACGAGCAAACUCAGGUUGUUUUGAACGACGGAGCGUUGAGCUUCUUCGGCGCCCUUCUCCGCCACCGCAAGGACAAAAUCAACAAGGAAGCCGUUUGGUUCUUGUCCAACAUCACUGCUGGAAAUCAGCGACAAGUCCAGGCUGUCAUCGACAACGGACUGAUCGCUCCGAUCAUCGACCAUUUGGGACAAUCUGACUUUGCAACGAAGAAGGAGGCGGCCUGGGCAAUCUCCAACUUGACCGUCUCUGGAAGCCGACACCAGGUCGCUCAUGUUGUUCAAAUGGGUGUGAUUCCUCCUUUCUGCGCUCUUCUCGACGGCAAAGACAACCAGGUUGUGCAAGUGGUACUGGACGGUCUCCAGAACAUUCUGAGAAUGGCAGCUCCAGAGGGUCUCGAGAACGUGACUUCGCAGAUCGAGGAAUGCGGCGGCGUUGACAAGAUCGAGCUCUUGCAGAACCACGAAAACGAAGAAAUCUACAAGCUGGCUUACGAGAUCAUCGCCCAGUACUUCCGAGACGACGCGGACGAAGCAGUCGACCCUGAAACGGUGGACGGGCAGUACGUCUUCGCCGUCAACAACGAACAACAGCAAAACAACUUUAACUUUAACUAA